UUUUACAUCCGGGGUCAGAGUUCGUGUUGACAUGAUCGGCAGACUCACGGCUAGCUAAUGGCUGAAUUAGACAUCGGAAAACACUGUCAGAUCGAUUCCUGCAACCUGAAAGAUUUUCUUCCAUUUGUUUGUGAUUCCUGCAGUGGUGUUUUCUGUCUUGAACACAGAAGCAGAGAGGCUCACUCAUGUCCAGAGGAGCCAGUUAAAAGGGAAUCCCAGACUACAGGGGGACCAAAAUGUUAUCCAUGCUCAUUUGAAGACUGCAAAGGAAAAGAAUUGUUACCAGUUAUUUGUCCACAGUGUGAAAAACAUUUCUGUUUAGCUCAUCGCCAUCAAGAUGAUCACAAGUGUGAGAAGCUGGAGGUCCAAAAGCCUCGAAUGGCAGCAACCAAAGAGCUGGUGCAAAAGAUUGUAGCAUCAAAGGAUGGAUCCAAAAAUAAAGGGCGCCGAGGAGCAAAGAACAGUGCAACUGCAGCUAAAGUAGCACUAAUGAAACUGAAGCUGCAUGCUGCAGGAGACAAAGGACUGCCACAGACAGAGAGAACAUAUUUCCAGGUGUAUCUUCCUAAAGAAUCUAAAGACUCCAGCCAGCCCAUGUUCUUCUGUUCCAAAUGGAGUGUGGGGAAAGUGGUGGAUUAUGCAGCCUCUCUAGCCAGCCUUAAGAACAACAACAAUGUGCUGACAGCUAAGAAGCUGCGACUGUGUCACCCUCAGACAGGUGAGGCUCUCCGGAUGGAUGACACCCUUCUCUCUCUGCUGGCUCACCCAGAAGCUCCUCUGUAUAAUGGGGGUAAUGUGAUCCUGGAGUACCUGGAUAAUGAGUGCACUGGCCUGGAGGAUGUUUCUGACUAUGUUACACAGACCUGACCAGUCAGCUCCAGCCACUGUGUGGAUGGUUGCUAUUUGUAUUCAUGUCAAUAAAAUGUUGUUUUAAAA